ACAUGGCUGCACCAACGCGCUUAAAAAAUGUUCACGUACGAACACAGCACGUGAGGUCUUCGCACGCAAAGGAAAGAGGGAAAGAGGGAGAUCAAGAGAUGGAGAGAGAGAGAAAUAGCAAGCGAGAGAGAGAAAGAGAGAGAGAGAGGGGGAGAGAGAGAGAGAGAGAGAGAGAGAGAGAGAGAGAGAGAGAGAGAGAGAGAGAGUCAAAGAAAGUGAGAGAGAGCAAGAGCGAGGGAGAGAGAGAGAGAGAGAGAGAGAGAGAGAGAGAGAGAGAGAGAGAGAGUGAGAGAGAGAGAGAGAGAAAGAGGGAGAGAGUGAGAGAGAGAGGGGGAGAGAGAGAGAGAGAAAGAGGGAGGAGAGAGAGAGAGAGAGAGAGAGAGAGAGAGAGAGAGAGAGAGAGAGGGAAAGAGAUGGAGAGAGAGAGAGAGAGCGACAGAGAAAGAGAAGGCGGAUAGAGAGACGAGUACCCCUUGCAC